AUGAUGAGUCAUUCUUCCUCUAGUACUAGUGUCAGUGGUUUCUACAACUUCCUCUCAAGAGAACUAAAUAAUCUUGACCACCUGUUUCUUUCUCACAACUUCAUGUCAAUCAAGUUUCUUCAACAUGUUGUAUCGUCACUCAGAUCAUUCCACUCCCAAUUAACGGCUUUGGUUCAUAAGUUACACUUGCCUGUCGGAGAAAAGUGGCUGGAUGAGUAUAUGGACGAAAGCUCAAGGCUUUGGGAAGCUUGUCAUGUGCUGAAAUCCGGAGUAUCCGGUAUGGAAACUUACUACUCCACUGGUGCCAAUAUAGUCUCUUUCCUUGAUGAUCAUCGAGUUUUAGACACACAACUUUCCCACCAGGUUAUUCGAUCAAUCAAUGGCUGCCAAAGGGAAAUUAUAGCCCUGCAAGAGGACAAUAAGAGCAUAGCAGAAACUAGAAUGCAAACUCUAUGUCUGGGAUUUGAUGAGAACAAUGUCUUGGCAGAAUCAGAGUUCAAUAAGUACAAUGGUUUUCGAGGAGUUCUCUACGCAAUGAGAAAAGCAAGCACAUUACUUCUUUCUAUCCUACUCAGUGGCCUUGUAUACUAUUGGCCAGAAGUAAGCUUUUCCCAAGGAAGCUUUGAAGGAAACUCGGGAUUCAGUCCAGCCUUUGUCGUUUCUGCUUCUAAAUUGAAUCAGAGAGUGAUGGACACGAUAAAUUGUACGGAAGGGCUGCAGGGAAUCCUUCUUUAUGAAUUGCAAAGGGCAAGACUUUCCAUGGAUGGUCUGAAAGUGGAUAUUGAGAGCAUCCCUGAUUACAAAUCAGAAGUCGAUAUUCAUGAUAAGGUUGAAAACUUGAAGAGUUGCUUUGCAGCUUUGAAAUUUGGGGCAGAAAGCAUCAUUGGGCAACUUGAUGACUUCUUUGAUGAAAUAGUUGAAGGAAGGAAGCAGCUUUUGGACAUAUGCUCUCACAGGUAA